AUGGAUCAGUCCAAGCCAAGAGGACCAUUUUGUAUUAGUCCGAACCUGGAAUUUGUCAAAGUGAAGAGCAUUGGCGAGGUUGUAGACUUGGUGAAGACGGUAAAGGGUGUUCCUAGGUUGCUUGCGGUUAAAUCUUCGCUGUCACCGAGUUCUUCGCUUCGAAAGGAAUACCGGAUCCUUCAAGAGUUUAUCGGUUGCCCUAGUAUCGUUCAAUGCCACGGUGAUCAGUUUUUGAGCAUCGAUGAACUGGAGGUUGAAUAUGACAACGUGAAUCUCGAGUAUGCCUCCGGUGGGAGCCUUCUGGAUUUGAUCGGUAAAUACGGCGGUAGAAUACCGGAAUCCGAUGUUCGACGUUACACGAAGAUGAUACUCGAAGGGCUUUACUAUGUUCAUCAGAAAGGUUACGUGCAUUGUGAUAUCAAACCAGAAAACAUUCUUGUUUAUCCAUUGGACGAAUCUGGUUCUCGUUUAACUUUGAAGUUGGCUGAUUUCGGCUCGGCCAAGGAGCCCGGCGAACAAGACCCGAAGCCGGGUCGGGGUUGUGUUCGGGGUACCGCUCCUUACAUGUCGCCGGAAUCUGUGAAGCAUGGAGAAAUCAGUGCUUCUUUGGACGUAUGGUCAUUAGGGUGCGUUGUUAGGGAGAUGAUUUUCGGAUUACAUCCGAAAGACUCGGCAACGACAAGUGGUUGCUCGAGGGAUGUACCCCGAGUUAUGUCGGUGGCCGGGACGGAUUUCUUGAACAAGUGCUUUGAUUUGGAUCCUAAACGACGUUGGACUGUUGAUAAGCUGAUAGGGCAUCCUUUUUGUUUUUAG